UAGCUAGGGUUUCUCUGUGAGUUCGAAGCAAAGGCAGCAGCGGAGGCGGAAGCGGUAGCAGAGGGGAAGGAGUGAAAAGCAGGAAAGAUGCCGGCGGGACACGGGGUGAGAUCGAGGACGAGGGACCUGUUCUCAAGGCCGUUCAGGAAGAAGGGCUACAUUCCCCUCACCACCUACCUCAGGAACUACAAGAUCGGCGACUACGUCGACGUCAAGGUUAAUGGCGCCGUCCACAAGGGCAUGCCCCACAAGUUCUACCACGGUCGCACUGGCCGCGUCUGGAACGUCACCAAGCGCGCCAUCGGCGUGGAGAUCAACAAGCAGGUUGGAAACAGGAUCAUAAGGAAGAGGAUUCACGUCCGGAUUGAGCAUGUUCAGCCGUCUCGGUGCAAUGAGGACUUCAAGCUGAGGAAGAUCCAAAAUGACAAGCUCAAGGCAGAGGCCAAGGCUCGUGGGGAGAAGAUCAGCACCAAGAGGCAACCUCAAGGUCCCAAGCCCGGGUUCAUGGUUGAGGGAGCUACCCUGGAAACUGUCACUCCGAUCCCGUACGAUGUUGUCAAUGACUUGAAGGGCGGAUACUAAUUUGCGUGCUUGUAUCCCCUAGCGAGCUUCUUUCUUUUUGUUUUGGGAGUCUAUAUCAUCCAGUUCGUGCUUUUUCCUGCAAUAUGAGAAACGAAGUUGCACUUUUUUGUUUUACAAUCGAAUCUAUCUUCUAGUUCCAUUUCCUGGUCA